GCUCGCACCGCGUGUGUACGCCUAUCGGAGUCGCUCAGUUCUUCUCUCUGCUUCGAGUUGAGCGGUUCGGCGUCGCGAUACGUGCUCCCGUCGAUAGUUACCCGUUCGUUUUCGUCACGGUGCUACCGAUCCUCCAGGAUCUCCGCAGGAGCCUCCAGUGUCCGAGGAAAUUCGUCGUCGAUAUCCUCUGAGAAAUAUUUUAGGACGAAAUUCGACUUUCUCGAGGACGAAAGGGUCCGGAAAUCGCCAAAUUAUACUUGGGCCCAAGGAUGACGUAUUAAGGAAUCGAUCCAACGCUGAUAGACAGACGAGUUGUUUCAAGGAUCACGGAUAUAUUAAUAGAUGCUGCGUUCGCUUUGCCGUCUUCGUCCGUAUCUGGCCGGCGAGAUUGCGCUCCGAUUAUGAUGUGAGCCGGUGAAGGUGGAAUCCUCGAGCAGCGCGAGGUCCUCGCAAUGGAGGCGGGACCGAAGCAACAGCAGCAGCAGCAGCAGCAGCAACAGCAGCAGCAACAACAACAACAGCAGCAGCAGCAACCGCAGUCGCAUCAGCAACAACAGCAGCAGCAAAAUUCGUCGCCUGCUGGUACGGGACAGACACCGAGCCAGGCCGGGAGUCCGCAGGGCGGCCAGACUCAAGGCCAACCUCAAGGUCAACAGAAUCAAGAUGCGGCUGCAGUCGUGGCUGGAACUGCGGAGGCCGGACCGGUCGAGGAGGGAGUCCUUCUCGCCAGGGUGCACGUCCCGGAGCUCUACGUCAGCAAGUGUCUUCAGUUCCCGAAGGAUCAGCUCGUGUGGGACGUGAAGCAGCAAUGCCUAGCAUCGUUGCCCAAGGUGGCCACUUGGUACAGGGAGCUGAAGGAAAGCUUCAAUUACGGGUUGUUCUGCCCGCCCGUGAAUGGAAAAGCCGGAAAAUUCUUGGACGAGGAACGUCGCCUAGGCGAUUAUCCCUUCAAUGGACCCGUCGGCUACUUGGAGCUCAAGUACAAACGACGGGUCUACAAGAUGCUGCACUUGGACGAGAAACAGCUGAAGGCGAUGCACACGAGAACGAAUCUGCGAAGGUUACUGGAGUACGUGGCGAACAGCCAGGUCGAGAAGAUCGCCAAGAUGUGCAGCAAGGGCCUGGAUCCAAACUUCCACUGCCAGGACACCGGAGAGACCCCGCUGACCCUGGCGACGACCCUGAAGAAACCGUCGAAGGUGAUAAUAGCGCUGGUGAACGGCGGCGCCCUGCUGGACUAUCGAACGAAGGAGGGCCUGACGGCGAUGCACCGCGCCGUCGAGAGGAACAGCUUGGAGGCGGUGAAGACGCUACUGGAGCUCGGCGCCAGCCCCAACUACAAGGACACCAAGGGCCUGACGCCGCUUUACUACAGCGUCAUCUACAAGACCGAUCCGAUGCUCUGCGAGACCCUUCUUCACGAUCACGCGACGAUAGGCGCCCAGGACCUGCAGGGCUGGCAGGAAGUGCAUCAGGCCUGCCGCAACAAUCUGGUCCAACACCUGGAUCACUUGCUGUUCUACGGUGCCGACAUGAACGCGCGUAACGCGUCCGGGAACACGCCGUUGCACGUUUGCGCAGUGAACAACACGGACGCCUCUUGCAUACGGCAGUUGCUGUUCAGAGGCGCCCAGAAGGACAGCCUGAAUUACGCGAACCAGACGCCGUACCAGGUCGCCGUGAUCGCCGGGAACAUGGAGCUGGCCGAGGUCAUCAAGAAUUAUCAGCCGGAGGAAGUCGUACCGUUUAAAGGGCCGCCACGCUACAACCCGAAACGACGCUCGGUGGCUUUCGCCGGCACGUCGUCGAUGACCACGAGCUGCUCGGCCAGUAACCUGGGCACCCUGACCAGGAUACCGUCCGCGGAGCAACAGCACGUCUCCUCGGGGACCGGCGCCCCUGGAGGCAGCCUCACCAGAACGAUCUCUGUGGAGCAGUACACAUCGAGCGUCCACGCGGUCACGAGAGUACCGUCCGCCGAGCAAUACGCGGCCGGCAGCCUGACCAGAGUACCGUCCACGGAACACCAACAGUAUCCAUCCAUCGGCACGCUGAACAGAGUACCGUCCGGUGAUCAAUACGCCAGCCCUAUCGCGACCGCGACCGGUACGGUGACCAGGGUAUCGUCGUCCGCCGGCGAGCAAUACUCGUCGACGACCGGUACUCUGACCAGAGUACCGUCCACCGAACAAUACCCGACCGGCACGCUAACCAGAGUACCGUCCACCGAGCAGUAUCCGAGCAGGACUCUGUCCGGCGAGCAGUACGCCGGCACGACCGGUAUCGCGAGGACGGAGUCCCAUCACGCAACCCUCGGCAGAGUACCGUCCAUCGAACCGACCAGAAACGACCUACAGAGAAUACCGUCCGAGCACCACGUACCCGCCAGACCCGAGCAGAACGGCCAUCGGAUCACGACGGACUACCAGAGCCCCAAUUCGCUGAGGGAUCCUAACGCGAGAUUACCAGCCAACGCGGAGAACUGUCAGAACUUAAGAAUGGAGGGUCUGACGAGGCUGCAAGAACACCGGCUCGAGCUGCAACAGCGUCUCGACAUGCACAGAACGAUGGAGAUGCCGCCGUCGCCGUCGCCUAGUAGCCGAAGUCUAGCUCCUUUCAGCUCGGCUAGCUCGAGCCUCUCCGAAGGCAGCAAUCAACCGUCCGGCGAAGAUUCCGCCAGCAUCGUCACAGACAAGAGCCUCGGCGACACGGCCUCGGACGUGAUCAGCGACAGUUCCGGUGUCGGGACCUCGCAGUCGGACACGACCAUUUCCCUAUCGAUCCCCGGGACCACCGUCGUCUGCGUCGAGAGCUACAACAGCGGGAUCCUGGGCCAUCUGAGCAUCAAUCAAGGAGAUAUCCUCGAAGUCACGGGUGCUACCGACUGUGGCCUUCUCGAGGGAGUCCUUCGUGGACAGGGCACGGGUCUGUUUCCUGCGCACUGCGUGCAGGAAGUCAGACUUCGCCACACGAAUAUCCCGCUGGGGCCCCAGCCCGCCAGGGACGGACGGAACAGGGUUCUGGGCCGCAGAGAAUCGCAGCACAAGUAUUUCGCCACCGCGCCCAGACUGAAGAAACCAGUUACGUCGGAGCCUCGCACCGUGGUAUUGCACCGCUCGAGAAAAGGUUUCGGUUUUGUGCUACGAGGUGCCAAAGCGACUUCACCUUUGAUGGAACUGACGCCGUCGGCCAGGUAUCCCGCCUUGCAGUACUUGGACGACGUCGAUCAAGGGGGAGUGGCCGACCUGGCUGGUCUUCGGAAAGGAGACUUCCUCAUCCAAAUCAACGGCGAGGACGUGACGACGGCGUCGCACGAACACGUGGUAGAUCUGAUCCGGAAAUCCGGCGAGCUGGUCCGGAUGACGGUGGUGUCGCCGAUGAUCAGCCUACCGAAUUCGCAAUCGGCAGCCAUUCUGCCAACUAGUCAACCCAUACAGAGACAGUACGCGACCCUGCCGCGCAAAGGGAACAACAACGUGGUGAUCGGUGGUACCCUCGGACGAUCACCAGCCCCCAUGCCGCCGCGACGGGACCCUAAAACGACGCUGAGCGUCGGCAGGGCCCGCGCCAGAUCGAUGGUCGCGGGUUUGGAAGGGGGCGGCGAGAGGGACGAUCGCGACGAGAUCACGUCGACGGGGGCCAAAUCGAGCAGCGCGGAGUCGAUACAUCUUCCUCAGCAGCCAUCAACGGGGCCCAACACCGGCCAAAACACACCCGUGCAACCGAGAACGGCCAGUAUCCGAUCGAGACCGACCUCCAGCAGGAUCACCGCCGCGGAACUGGAGGAACUAUUUCAGCGGCAGCAAGGUAGCACCAGUGGUCAGUACAGUUCGUCCAUGAUGAGCUCUCACUUUCAGACUGGUCAAGCUACCAAGUCGCAUCCCUCCUCGCCCGCAAAGACCGGCCGGGUAUACGCGAGCGUGGCCGAAAUGAAACGCAAAGGCAAAUCGAGCUCGAGAGUGCGGUUCUUCGGCGGCCUGGGCGGCGGUUCCGACCUCCACAGAGACUUUCACAGUACCCCGGACUUGAACGUGCAGGUCCAGUCGUCGGUUCUAGCUCCGAAAGGGCACAGAAGCCAAGAGGACGUGAACGCUCUCAACGGCAGAAACGGGCUUCCACCUCCGAACCAUCCGCCCCCGCCUCCACCGGUCGGACAAGUUGUCAAAGUAAACGUGGGCGCCAACGUACCGGACGUGGUCACGCCGGCUUCUGUCUACGAUAAUAUGGCUCACAUACAGCAAGUCAAAGAAUUGGCAGCCGCGACGACCGAGGGAGGAUACGGCGUGAUGUCGAGCUUCCGGCCCUCGAACAGCGCGAAGCUGUACGCGUCGCCGGAGGACACGAAGACGGUGGGUUAUCGUUCACGCAGCCUCCCGGCGCACACGACCCGCUGUCACGUGAGGAAAUCGCACAGCCUGCGAACGCCGAACAACACGACGUUCAAGCCGAUCGGCGGCCAGCAGAACGCGAACAACGCGUCGGGCAACAGCAAUCAAACGGGCAACAAUCAGUACGCGCAGCCAUUGAAAACGAACAGAAGCCACAGCACGGCGGGCAUCAGGGAGCGCAAGAAGAAGGGCAUCGCGGCCAGCUCGUCGGUGACGAAUCUCUCGUCGUUGUCGAACAGCAGCGGACCGACGGUGGCCAGCUCGGCGGCGCCGCCUAUCCCCGAGCCGGAUUACAGCCUGUCGGAGUCGGAGAACGACGAGGGCGAGGAGGAGACCGACGACGACGGUGAGUCGGAGAUCGCCAAGGAGCUGGAGAAGGCUGCCGCCAGGGAGAAAUUGGAAUCCACCAGAGAGACGUCCGGUAACUCGAACACCUCGGGCUCUAGCUCGUCCGGUAGCAGCUCGUUGCCGCACUCGUUCAGCGUCGAGGAGAUACAGAAGGUGAGGACGCAGCUCAAGUCGUCCAAGAGCCAUCCGAACGACUUCCUGCUGCAGCAGACGCAACAGUCGCUGGUCGAGGACGGCGACAACAGCUCGAGCGGGGUCAGCUCCGACCAGGACGUACCUGUCGGACCGCCCACCGGUUUCGACGACACGGCCGCGAGAAACUUGGCGAACGAGACGGGCCAGCAUCCGACGGUGCUUACGGUGACCAGCAACGAGAAGGAAGCCAACCCGAAGAGGACCAGCUACGGGGGCAGCGGACUGCUCACCAGACACGCGGUGAGCCUGGCUCAGCUGCCACCCCCGAUCGAGGCGGACGCGGAGGAGCAGAGCAACGACCUCUUCGUGCCGCCACCGCCGGAGUUCAACGCUGGACCAUCCGCGGGUAACGGCGACGAGAUGGUAUUUGCCCCGCCGCCCCAGUUCUGCGACAACAAGCAACAACAGCAGCAGCAGCAACCGCAGCAACAGAAUCGCGUGAAGAUCAUAGGCGCGAUACCGAAAGUUACCAACAAUCAGGUGAAGGCUUCCGGUGGACGGUUGCAUAACCAGUGAAGAGAACGAUCGUCGUGAACUGUUCGAAUCGCGCGUGAUCCUCGAUCACGAUCGACAGAGUCAAUUUAAUCUCUCCGUAUUUAACCCUUCUUCUCCCGUCGGGGAUCGUCGCGUCGAGAAUCGAGAUCGCCAGAUAGACACGUACACGCGCACACACUAACACACACACACAGACACGAGCGCGUACACGCAUACGUACAUACACGCGAUUUUUGCAAUAAAUUUUUCACACGAUAACAGGACGCGUUCUCGCGGCGUAGGAGUUUUUUGUAAGAAGCGACUGGUCCGCGCUUCGAUCGAGAGAGUCGCUCGAUCGCGCGUACGGCGGCGUUAGUCGGUCGAAAAACAUAUUCAGCGAGUUUUUACCGUAAACGUAGAUGGUACGUAAAUCGGGUACGAGCCGCAAAAUAGUCAGAAUCCCGUGUAGCCGUCUCGCGGAAACGGCCUAAGGGGUCGAAUCCCGGAGGAAGAUCCACGAGCCGCGAACCGUAGCUCGUAAUUAGAGAGAAAGAGUGAGAGAGAAAUUCUUGUACAAGUGGAAACGUAGCGAACGAAUGUCUAGCGUAUAAUCGGGGUUUGUUUUUCAUGUUUCUAUCGUGAUUACGACGCGUGUUUUAAUACUUUUACAUUUAACGACCCCUUCAACGAUCCUCAACCUAUCGCUCCUCGAUCCCACCCCCCUCCAUCGAUUUCGAGGCGUCGAAUCGGUCCACUGCUGUUCGAGGAAGAUGGCGAGUCGUUACAGAGGUGGGCAAAGUUUUUCUCUGGAUUAUGAAGCUGGCGAAAGGUAAAAGAACUUUGGUAAAAUUGCAUAGAAAGGGCCUUCGUUCCGAUUUUAACAAUUUUGUUAUACGUAAAGGGUGAUUCCAGGGGCGAUAAUUAAUUUAAUUAAUUUCACCCCCCUUUUUUCUGUUUAUCAACAUUGAAUCAUAACUGGAUGGUCAAGUUACUGAAAAUAUCUUUUAGUUUCAUUUUCUCUCCAACUUGAUCCCUUCUAAAAAGAUUUUAUUCCUCAUUUUCGAAUGUUCUUUACACCUGAGAAUGUCUUCUGCUAGAUUCUAAUCCCCGUGUACGUUCUGGAUGACAUAUUCCUGAGUACUCUGACGCAAAAGAAUAGUUGCUUGCCCUUCGUUUCGAAGAUAUAACUACUAUAAAUCCUCGAUUGUCCCGUAGACAGAACUCAACCAACCUGGACCUCCACUUUUCAUUCCCAAUGGUCUCGGUUGUUUCGAUUCUGUUUGCAAAACAGUGACGACGAACAAACAAUUUUAAAGUUGGAAUAAUUACCUACUCGGGCUUCUUAUCGGAGCAUCCCUACCAACAGGCAAUUAUGACGUGACUUAGUGUCGAGAGCUAAACGCGAGCAACCAAUAUUUUUAUAAGGGGAAUACUCAGAAAUAUUUUUCCUCCGACGUACAGUCGAUUCCUGUUAAUUAACAUAGCUGUCCAAACUGGAAUCCACCGUCUACUGAUACCAUGAAAAUCGACAAAGACACCCCUUUCGACCAGUUUUGCCACAGCUUCUAAGACUAGAAUUUCAAUAAUAAAACGAGGUAUCGAUCGUUCGACAGAAGCGUUGCCCAUUUCGAAGACGCUCGAAUCGAAGAUGCCGCGUGCCGACGGGUUGGUUAGCUAAAUAGUAAAAGAAAAAGAGAAAAAAAUGAAAAAUAAGAAAACGCGCGCGAUUGAGUUCGAUUCCGUUUCUCUCUCUCGUGUCUAGACACUGCUCAAGAGCCUAAUUACAAACUUCUACUCGCAAAAAGUCAUUAGAGAUUGUUUCUAGUUUGUAAUAACGAUUAAAAUAGCGCAACGACGAGUAUGAAUUUAUCGCUAAGCUCUCGUAAUCCGCGUUAAUAGAGGCGCACUGUACUACUACGUUAACGCACCAACAUUAUUCAGCUUGUAAGAUAGAAAUCGUAUUCCUUCCAGAUUCGAAUCAGGCUGCUGGGAGCCGCGAGACAUUGCAGCUCGACGGGAAAAACCUGUUGAUCGAGCAUAUUCGUUACGUCAACGGUGUUCCCCCAUUUAAAUCUUUGCGUUUUCGAUCGGGACGAAAGUGGCUCGCGCUCGAGCGACGAACAAAUUCUGCACACCGAUUGUUUUCACUGUCGUAAUCGAUGUCCCGCCGUUGAUUUGCCCCUUUUGUAUAUAGUGCAACGCACGUCGCGUCGGAUAAAAAAUUGUUUCGAAGGAACCGUACGUACCGUACGACAAAGGUAAAAAAGAAAAGAAAAAAAAAGGCAAGAUUCUCGCGACUCUCGGUGACAGUGCUACAUACUGUAUAUACCGGAACAACAUUGCUAUGUAUCGAAUAAUCUAUAACGAUGGAAUGAUUAUUAUCGUCGCAUUUACGAUCGUCGCGAUAGAGUCUAAGCGAUUAUCCAUAAAAAAAAAGAACAAAAAAAAAAUACGCAACGUCCUUCCUAAUUAUUGUUUCUAUGCCUUUUCAAGUUUAAAAGAAAAGAUUAAAGAAAAAAAAAAUCAUAUUCAUAUACAGACACAGCGAAGUACGAUAAUUAAGUCAUCGGCAUGCUCGUCGGAGCAUGAAUGAAAGAGAACAGUUUCCGAGUCGAAGGGAAUCGUAUAAAGAUAAGUAUUGAAUGUUCCUUAGAUAUUUUAUUGUUUGUUUUACGAUCGAUAGAAUGCGCGGGAUCCGCCCGUCGCGGUUCUCUGUCGGUGUCUAAAAAAACUUUCGACGAUCGACUGGUUGAAUUCGGGUCAGUAAAGCAAUAUUGUACGCAUUACAACGGCUCCGUGUAAUAAUAAACCGUUUCA